AUGGCAGAUACCAAAGUCAAGGUCAAUGGCCAUGGCCAUAUCAACGGCAAUGGUACUGCCACUCCUGAAAAGGCACCCGUCAAUAAACAUACCAAGCUAUGGCAACUCCUCGCUCUAGCAAAGGAGGUUUCCAAAGAUGUUGGCUCUAUUGAAGAUUAUGAAAAGUCAGCUGAGGAGCGCAAAGCCCUUGAAGCAGAACUCGAAGCCAAGCAGGGCGAGAACAAGCGUCUGCGCGAGUUCAACGACAAAAUCGUGCGCGAGUUCUCAGAGCACAAAACUGCGUCAAGCGCAAAGACGGACAUGAUGUUUGCAGAGUUUGAACAAAAGUACAAGACGUACGAGUCUAACAAGGCUGCUGUCGAGGCCAUGGAGAAGGAGGUACAGGAAGCGAGGGAGAUGCUCGCUGCGGCAGAGACGAAAGCUGCCGAGGCGGAUAAAUUAAAGCAGAGGUUGAGUUCGUCAGAGAUGCAUGCUAAAAAUCAUGCGGCUGAGAUCAGAGAGAUGAAUGCAGAGUGUGAGCUGCAUCGAUCGCAAAUGCAGACCAGCCAGGAGGAGCUUACGAGUGUCAAGACCAAGCUGAACAAGGCGCAGAGUGAUCUCGGAGAGGGGAUCUUGAAGGACUAUGGGUCUGAGGAGGUCAAGAAACUGCGCUCUGAUCUUCAGGAACUGUCGAACAAAGUUCAUGACUUUGUAAACGAGUACUUUAACUUUCACGACGGCGCAGUUGACUCUGCAAGCGAGAUCCAAGAAUUAAAUGCCCGCUUCCCAAAGAUCCCCCUGUCGACCCGCACUACCAAAGCAGCUGCCAAGAUGCGCUGCGCAGUUGCAGACGCCGUCAUUGCAGAGACACUGCUCUCCCACAUUUUUGUCCCCUUUUACGUAGCCCACGACAUGCGCUCUGCAGCCUCAAGCAUGCUGGGUUUCUUCAAAGGGGAUGAACGUCGCGAGACAGUGUACCGCUGCCAAAUCCUCGGCUCACUUACAGACUCUGAGCAAGUCGAGACUAUCCAAGAAGACAUUGUUCGCAAAGCGAGUAACGAGGUGCGAAGUACACUUCACCCGUUGGUCGUGGCGUAUAAGCAGACGGGCUUCUACAAUGCUGUUCCUGCGCUGUUUAGACAGGCUGUUAGGCUCUGGGCUGAUGCGCAGCGUUCGAGGGAUAUGAUUACUGCUGAACUUCCUGAUGAGGAGGAUUCGCGAGGUGCUGGACAUUAUGAUGAUUACGAUGUUGGUAAUAUUACUCGCAAGGCCGUCAAGGGAAGUCCCAAGCCGGUUGUUUUGGCCGUGAUUUUCCCUCAGUUUGUAUGCCGCGAUGAAGUCAUUGCUGAGGGAGUCGUGCUUCGAUCUGAUCAAGCUGUCGCGGUUGAGGCGGUCGAGGAGGCGCAGAGCAAUGGGAAUGGAAAUGGAGAUGUGAAGAAAAAGCCGGGUACUCGUCGCAGGUCUUCAGCUGAACCAAAGUCUCCUCUACGUAGAUGA